AUGUCUGGCCCUCUGAACACACAGGUCGACAUCGGGAACCUCUCUCUUGCCAGCUUGGGUUCAUUCUCAACAAUGUUGACGGCACUCUCGGCUGAUGACGUCCAGCCCAUCGCAAUGAUCCAGAUGCAAAAUCUGGGUGCCGCCUUUCCUGUCAGUGGACCGAUCCCCACCAAAGCGCCGGAUUAUCUCCAGCGUUGUCACAGCACUCGACUCGAACGUGUGGGGAUAGUUGUGGGCUGGCGCAAAGGCGAUGCUGCAUCGUAUAUGGCUCAGUCCACCGGCGGUCAGGCGAUUGCUUUGUUGGCAGUCUAUCUGCAGAAUAUCGGCGUGAAAUCACCGGGAGACGUCUUAUACUCCAUUUCACGCGGUCUUUUACCACUAUCUGCAUGUCCCAGCAGUCCACAGAUGCUCGAGAGAGUGACACAAGUGCUCGCUGAGAAACUGGCUGUGGUCAAAUUUGGAACGAUCCUUGCUGAACAAGUCUGUCGGAUCCACAAGGCAUAUCAACAGCUACAGCAAGACGUGCCGGUCAAUCUCUUGGAACCGAUGAAUGAUGACUGGUUAUCAGAAGUGCUGGUAAUGCUAUCCCAUGCUUUGCGUGAAGACAAAAGGAUGAUUCGGAUCCGCGGGUGUUGUUGGAUGGGGUAUAUUCUCUCCCUUGUCGUCACCUUGUUCGCUCACGAUUGUUUGGUGACGGUUGAAGGUGUCAUUAUCCAUCAGGGCCAUCGUUCAUCCUCCAUCAUUGUAGAGAUCACGUCUACAUUACAAGAGAAGCCUCCCGAGGUUCAUUCCAUGCAUGAUAUCGAUUCCAUAACUGAACUGUUGGACUCUUCCCGGUUCCAUGUUGGCCGUGACCCGUUGCCGAUAAAGGCUGACUUUGCAUGGAACGGACUAGUGUCAGACAUGCUCUAUACCCUCUUUCAGCAAUGGGAUCUGGUACGUAUACAGGACAAGCUCCUGUAA